UUUCUUUUCGGUUUGGAUCAUCGCAAGCGAUCUUUUCACUUUGAGCUACUGUACCUUUUUUUUGUCGGCAUAGUUGGACUAACGAUGAUGCUCGUGCCAAUUGCAACGCAGCGCUCGUGCUACGCAUCAGUAAGCUGUAGUAAAAGUAUCUAGUCUAGUCGUCUAAACAAAGCACGUAGAAAUCAACACGGUUUGUGCGCCGUGCUCGUGCCAAUUGGGGGAGCAUUUUUAUCCAUCUCGUGUACGUGCCGGCGCCGCCGUGUUGGUGGCGAGCGCGCGGCGGCCACGCACGUACGUGGCCCCGCGCGGUUGGCGCGGGCGUUUAGCCGAGAGAUGCUCUCUGGUUGGUUUGUUGGGUUCUUUUCCUUUUUUUUGUUUCUUGCGCCGUUGCAUUGCACCCCAGCUCAAGCCUCCCUAGAUUCCGCGCGCGCACACAUGGAUGCUUUCUCCUUCCUCCGCGCCACCGUCUCCGCUUCCCUCGCGUCCUCUUGUCCUCACGCAGAGAGUAGACUUGCACUGCUCUUUUAUCUCUUUCUCUGGCCACCAAGCUGGUUGUUGUAUAUUACUAGUAGUAAUCCGUCGCCGAUAGCUGCUUCGUGUUGCUCGAUCUUUGACCAGCCAGUGGGGUUGGAGGAGGGAGGGAGCUAGCUAUAGUUGCUAGCGUGUUUACGUUUUUGCCGGCGAGGCGAUCGACGGAGAUGUUUGAGGGGUGCUACGGCGGAGUCGGGUCGGCGGCGGCGGCGGCGGCGCGGGACCCGAAGCCGCGGCUGCGGUGGACGCCGGACCUCCACGAGCGCUUCGUCGACGCCGUCACCAGGCUCGGCGGCCCGGACAAAGCAACACCCAAGUCGGUGCUCAGAUUAAUGGGCAUGAAAGGCCUCACCCUGUACCAUCUAAAAAGCCACCUCCAGAAAUAUAGACUGGGAAGGCAAAGCAAGAAAUCAGCAGGCCUGGAGCUAGCAGUAGCAGAUAGUGGUGAAUUUACAGCGGAAGGCAUCAGUUUUUCUAUCGGAGCGCCUCCAAGGAAUCCUGCCGGAGGAAACAACACGGGCAGAGAAAUACCGCUUGCAGAUGCGCUAAAGUAUCAAGUCGAAGUCCAAAGAAAACUGCAAGAACAACUUGAGGUUCAAAAGAAGCUGCAGAUGCGAAUAGAAGCCCAAGGGAGGUAUUUAAAGGAAAUACUAGAGAAAGCUCAGAAAAACAUUUCCCUGGAUGCAAAUGGGUCUGCUAACCUCUCAUCAACCAGAUCACAGAUUACAGACAUCAACCUAGCUCUUUCAGGUUUCAUGGACAAUGCAACACAAGUUCAGGAGGAAAACAAUGAACUGAUGAAACCUAUAUCUGAUGACAACCUAAAAGUUAAUAAUUUGGGCUUUCAGCUCUACCAUUUAGGAAGUCAGGAGAGUAAGGAUGUUAAGUGCACUCCAAAAACUGAAGAGUUGCUUCUACUAGACUUGAAUAUUCAAGGAGGAUAUGAACUCUCUUCUAGAGGAAUGCAAGGGUGUGAGUUGGAUCUGAAGAUCAACCAGCAGAGAAGAUAGAGAGUUGUUUCACAAACCUAACAGUUUUGGAAAGUUGACCGUUCGCUAUUAGUUUAUUCUUUUUCCAUGUGCCAGUGUUGAGCAUGCUUGUGUUCACAAGUUUGUUUUUUCUGUCUGCUAAUGUUAAAUUUCCUGAAAGGAACUUCUGAAUAAAUAUGGUAUUAUUUAGUUAUUUGAAGCUUCAAUUGUAUAUACGAGUGAAGUGUGCAAAAUGAGGGAACAUCCAACACAGAUGUGUAUAUUCUAUCCAAGUAUCCUAUAAAUUGAUGUUUUACUUUUGUUCU